AUGGCAGACUCUUUGUGCGGGCCAUCAAAUGCCCUCCAAAAUUUCCAGAAGCAUAGCACAGUCGACCGGACGUUACAGCAAGAUCGACUAAUAGGCAGACAGUCGCCUGCUCAAGGCUUUCGAUCCUCUCCUGGUCCGAACGCAGGUUUCUUAAAUCCAGAAUUCGAGGCCUUCCAGGCUGGACAGCUACCCUUAGAUCAAGGCUUUCAACCGCACGGAUUUGCUCAUGCGCCUCCAAAACUACAACAACAAUCAGACUCAUCAGCUUGGAGCUCUGAUUUCCAACGACUACAGAUAUCGAGUCCUGUCCAGCAGUUCAACCAACAACAAUUUGGCCCACAAGUACACCAGAGACAAGAUGACGGAGGGUGGCAACAGGAGUUCUCCCGGCAGCAGGGCCAAAUGAGCGAGAGGAGUAUGGGGAAGAUGCCGAGCCAAACAAAUUCCGCUUUCCGUCCUAUGGGGGGAAUGGGAAUGAGCCAACAAUAUAUGAGAGGCUUUGCCGGACCUCAGGUGGAAAUUGCGAUGGCUCAACAGCAGCAACCGGUAGAAGUCUUUGACGAAGCGGCGUUCGCCCGUGCGUUCGACGAGGCAGCAAAUGCAGAAGUAGAAACUCAGCAGGGAACCAGCAAAGAAGAAGAAUACCAACAAGGUCUUGAGCUAGGUCAAGACACCCUAGUCAGAGAAUCGGUAGAACGUAUGAUGGAAGACUCUACUGGGUUGCUGGACCAAGAACGUAUCGGCUCAGACAGAAUCCACGAUCCUCGCUCUCAAUCCCCAGAAGCCUGGGCACAACAAGGCGACCCAGACGCUUUGGCUAAAACAGCUGCUGAGCUAUUAGACAAGGUGGAACGCAACCAGAGCUCGAAAUUUCAGAACAGCCAAUUUCUCCAGUUGAUGCGGCAGCUGAGAAGCAAGGAAGCAACGAUCCGAGACGACGAGUUCGUGGUCGAUGUAGAAGGGAUGCGCCGAGAAUCACAGAAUGUUUCGAGUUGA